AUGCCUGUCAUCUCUCGCCUAUUGUCCAUUCCCCUUCGCGUCGCGGAGAUCGCAUUCGCUGCUGUCGUUGCAGGAAUUAUUGGAUACUACUUGGCCCAAUUCCGCCACACUGAUGUCUUCCCCCAUGGUCGCUGGAUCUAUACCGAGGUCAUAGCUGGUCUCUCUAUACUCCUUGGUCUCAUAUGGCUGAUUCCUUUCUCCUUUGGCUUCUUCACUUGGGGCUUGGACAUCAUCAUCUCGCUCGCCUGGUUCGCCGCCUUUGGUAUUCUCGUCAACGCCCUGAACAAUUUGUCAUGCGGCAGCAUUUGGUCGUGGAACUUUAGAGGUGACAGCGAGUGCGCGCGCUGGAAGGCUGCCGAGGCUUUCAGCUUCUUGUCUGCUAUCGUUUGGCUUGUUUCAGGUUUCCUGGGUAUCUGGUUCACCUUCCGUGCUCGUCGGGAUGGUGUUGGUGCUCCUCCCACUGGCCGUCGCUGGGGUCGUCGUAAUCAUGCCGUGGUCUAA